AUGAGUCCAAUAAACUGGUUACUACUAGUCCUUGCUGUGGCUCCCCAAAUAUUUGCCGAAGCGGUUCCAGACUGUUCGCUCUUGCGUAAUAAUGAAAUCGUGCCAGACGGUUAUAAUUGUCAGCGUUAUUACAUCUGUAAAAAGGGUAGAGCCGUGUCACAUAAAUGCGGACGAGGAUUAUAUUUUGAUUCUAAAACAAACGCCUGCACAUCUCCUGAACUUGCAAAAUGUUAUGUGACUCGGGAGCAAAAACCCGAUCCGUAUGACGAGUAUUAUUCAGCUGAAAUCUAUGGACCAUAUUGUGAAACAACACCAUCACCAUGUGAAACAACAACCCCUCCCUGUAAACCAACAACACCACCCUGUGAAAUAACCACACCAUGUCCUUGUAAAACAGCAGCACCAACCAUUACAAGCUGUAAAACAACAACCCCACCAUGUGAAACAACAACACCCCCCUGUGAAACAACAACACCAGCCUGUGAAAUAACCACACCAUGUCCUUGUAAAACAGCAGCACCAACCAUUACAAGCUGUAAAACAACAACCCCUCCCUGUAAAUCAACAACACCACCAUGUAAAACAACAACACCACCAUGUGAAACAACAGCUCCACCAUGUAAAACAACAACACCCCCAUGUGAAACAACAACCCCACCCUGUAAAACAACAACACCACCAUGUAAAACAACAACACCACCAUGUGAAACAACAGCUCCACCAUGUAAAACAACAACACCCCCAUGUGAAAUAACAACCCCACCCUGUAAAACAACAAGACCACCAUGUAAAACAACAACACCACCAUGUGAAACAACAGCUCCACCAUGUAAAACAACAACACCCCCAUGUGAAACAACAGCCCCACCCUGUAAAACAACAACAUCACCAUGUGAAACAACAACACCCCCAUGUGAAACAACAACACCCCCAUGUGAAACAACAACCCCACCCUGUAAAACAACAAGACCACCAUGUAAAACAACAACACCACCAUGUGAAACAACAACCCCACCCUGUAAAACAACAACACCACCAUGUGAAACAACAGCUCCACCAUGUAAAACAACAACACCCCCCUGUGAAAUAACCACACCACGUCCUUGUAAAACAGCAGCUCCAACCACUACAGGCUGUGAAACAACAACCCCACCAUGUGAAACAACAACACCCCCCUGUGAAACAACAACCCCACCAUGUGAAACAACACCACCCUGUGAAACAACAACACCACCCUGUAAAAUAACCACACCAUGUCCUUGUAAAACAGCAGCACCAACCAUUACAAGCUGUAAAACAACAACCGCUCCCUGUAAACCAACAACACCACCAUGUAAAACAACAACACCACCAUGUGAAACAACAGCUCCACCAUGUAAAACAACAACACCCCCAUGUGAAACAACAACCCCUUCCUGUAAAACAACAACCCCACCCUGUAAAACAACAUCCUGUCCCUGUGAAACAACAACGUCACCUUGUCCAGAAGUAUUGACUGAUUACGACUGUAACAACAGUCGGCAUAUUGUUCGAGUGAUAAGUUCUUCAAAGGAUUGUGUUAACUUGCCUGAUCACACCUUCCUUGUAGACCGUAGAUGUUGUUCCCGCUUCUAUGUUUGCCUCAAUGGGGCUGUGGAGCCUUUUAGAUGUCCACUAGGAUUUUGGUUUGAUCGAGAGUUGGAGACUUGCCGACCUCGCCGAGAAGUAACAAAUUGCCGAUAG